UUUUGAUGUGGAGAUUUGCAUUCUUUUUUAAAUUGAAGCUAACGAAUUCAUAUGUUUUUUUAAUUAUCACAGAAUUGCGCAACGAGAGAUAUUAAAAUGACGGACAUUGCACCCGAUGACUCUAUCUUAGACACUAGCAUUCCACUAGAUGAUAUUACUCCAUUUGAAGGGAAGGAGUUCAUAAGUGACGAAGGUGCAUACCACUAUUACAAUGCUUAUGCAAAGAAAUUUGGGUUUGGAAUUCGCAAAGACACUUUGGAGAAGUCAAAGAAGGCUUCAGGGGAGAUUCUUUCCAGAACAUUUGUAUGCAACAAAGCAGGGAGAAAAGUGCCGAGGGAAAAUGAAAGUGGAAUAAUUAUCAACCGCCGACCGGAAACUAGAAUUAAUUGUGAUGCAAAAAUGAAGAUUAGGUUGACUUCUUCAAAAAGGUGGAAGGUUACUAAGUUUAUUGCAGAACAUGUUCAUGCUUUAACAAGUCCUGACAAAGUAGCACAUCAUUAUUCUCACAAGCAACGACAUCGAUCAAAGACUUGUAGAAGCUUUAUUGAUAGCUUGCAUGAAGAGGGAAUGAAGCCCUCUACUAUUAAUCGCGUGGUAAAUGUUUUUUACAAGGGAGAAGAUGACGAACGAGUCACCACACAACAAGUAAUCGAUCAUAUCAGAACAACAAGGCAUAAUAAUAUUGGCACUGAAUGCUUAACUAUUGUUAGACAUUUUCAAGAUAGGAGGGAAUCAUAUCCAGAU